AGAUUGAAAUUCAGAAUCACGACGCCAAAUUAAGAAUUGAUUCAAAGUCAAUUACAGAAUCCGGUACAGUUGCAAGUCCGAGUGCCGGCAGUAAAAAAAAAAAAAGGAUAUUAUCUAAGAACUUACUUACUAUCUUCGCUUGUUGAAACUUUUGGACUUGAAUCAGGUACUCGGCAGAUCUGUUAGGUUUCUUUAAAGGGCGGAAAAAAGAAAACUCGGUUCUGUCGCGAUGGAAGAUUGUGCGCCAGAAUUUUCCAGCUGGGAUCCCAUCUCGGAGCUAAUCAUCACGUACAAUGAGUUGAACAGCUCACUUACCGAGGAGCUUCAAGAGGAACCGAGCCCGCUAGAGUUCAUGAGAUAUGUGGCUAGGAACACCCCGUUUGUCGUGAGGAAAGCCGCCAGUGACUGGCAGGCAAGCAAAUACUGGAACGUUUCAUUUCUCAAAGAAACUCUGGCCGGACAGGAGGUUAAUGUUGCUGUGACACCUAAAGGGAAUGCGGAUUCCCCGACAAAACUAUGCGACGGCAGUUUAGUGUUUGCCAAGCCGUUGGAAGAGGACCAGGCUUUUAGCGAUUUCAUAGACUUUGUCGUACGCCAAGAAAGAAAUCUAGCAAAUCAUGACAACGAGGACGAGAUACGAUAUGCCCAGACCCAAAAUGACAACCUUCGGCACGAAUACGCCACCCUGUUCAGCCAUGUACAACGUGAUAUUCCUUUUGCGCGCAUUGCGCUUGACCGUGAGCCCGAGGCUAUCAACCUAUGGAUUGGUAACUCACGGUCCGUAACUGCCAUGCACAAGGAUAACUAUGAGAACAUUUACGUUCAGAUCCUCGGCCGGAAACACUUUGUCCUCUUGCCGCCGUUAUGUCACCCCUGCGUCAAUGAGCAACUCCUGAGACCGGCGACUUAUGCAAGGAAAUCUUGCAAAGACCCUGCUGGCUGUGGCGGUGGUGCCACGGAAACUACUGCAACCGCCGGCAGCCUUGAACUGCAACUUGAUCAAGGUGAAAAUGACGCGGUUCCCUUUGCAAUUUGGGAUGUCGACAGACCAGAUGAGCAAGCAACGCCUUACUCAAAACUUGCGUGUCCCAUGAAAGUCACCCUUGAGCCAGGUGAUAUGCUGUACCUCCCGGCCAUGUGGUAA